UCCCAACUUCCAUCAGUCAUCUCUAAAAGCCAAUAAACCCUAACCCCUCCCCGCAGAGAACAAGAAACAAAAUGGCCAACAAACCCUACUCGUUCCCUCCUUCCUCGCCCAUGGAUCAUCUCCUCAUGCAAAGCCUCAUGAACCGGCUACACCUCCGCUCUCCAUCAUCUGAUGAUUCUCCUAAUUCUCUCUUCCGAGACCUUUUCCCCCAACUCUCCGACGAACAUUUUCCUCUCUCCGAUGACGACUCCAACGACGCCAACGACGCCAGCGACCUUUCCGAUGAUAGUCGUCGUCGUCGCAAUAUCGCGAAGGAGGAAGCGAAGCUUGAGAGGGAGAUCAUUCGAAUUAUCCGUGCAGGCAACGCCGAGGAGGCGCUUAAAGCUAACUCUGGUCAAUCCGUCGCCGUCGGCGAGCACAACAUCUGCGUCGGGGCUCACGAAGAGGCUGAUGGUAACUACAAGGUCUGGGAGUGGCACGGCCAUAUAAUGAUGUUCGACGAAGAGGAUGGGUUCAAUGCGGAAUAUGUGUACGGGAAUCACUUUGAGAGGUUGCCGGAAAAGAAAGGAAAGACUGGGAAGGUGGAAGGAGAUGAGAAGGAAGAGGCAGAACCAAGGGGUGGUAGUUCAGGGUUGAAGGAUUUGAUCGGAGAUUUGAAGGAUUCGAGUGGCAACCGGAAUGGAAGGGUUCUUCAUCGGAAUUUUUUCACUUCUGGAUCGUCUUCAAAGUAAAGCCUAGGAGUUUCUAUUGAUGCUUUUACAACCAUCUCUAUGCGGGCAUGUGAAGUUCUAUUGUGCAAAGGCCUAGGAGGGUCACUCAAUGACCGACCUUAGUGGUUAAUUGAAGGGCAAUAAGAAAUAAGAAAUAUCUCUUUUGUAAUUGAGAGUUUAUUUCGUUUACAGAAUUGGCAUAUUUACUAGUUAUGACGGUUUUUUCCGACAAGGUUAGGUGAUAUUUGAGUUACAAAAUAAAAUAGGGGCCCAACAUAAUAAGCGGCUCUAAUACUGUUAUAAGAUAUUUUUGUCCUGUUGUUAUGUGGGUGUUGAGAACAAGCAUGAUAAUUCACUUGUUAGGGCAACCACUAUCAUGCAUAUUAUGGACGUUAGCAUUGUCUAAUUGAAACCAUCAUUUCAAAUUAUCUUUUGCACCAAUAAAACUGGUAGACAAUUAAUGCAAA